AUGGCAUCGCAGAAACGCAUUGUUAAGCUUUCCUCUAUUAUUGCGAGCAAUACUACCACGUUAAACAACUUCCUAGUGGAAAAUAAUUUGCCAGAGCCAUCCUUCGAAGCUGACGCUUUGUGGGCGCUCCCUAUCCCGGAUGAUAAUGUCGACGUAAAGGCAGCGCGCAUUGCCAUUAUCGAUUCGUGCAUAGAGCUUCAAGCCCUCGUGACUGGACCAAAAGAGCUUCUUCGUUAUGAUGCUGUGGCCUAUGUCAGCGUGCGCAUUAUCCUCCGCUUAAAGUUGGAUAAGUCGUUCCUGGUGGGUGCCUCGACCUCGUUCGAAGCCAUGGCCAAGGUCUCCGGCUUAAGUGUAAUGAACGUUCGUCGAGUCGUCCGGCACGCAAUUCUCUGCCAUCGCUUCUUUCAAGAGAAGAAACCGGGAGUGAUCACGCACUCUGCGCUUACUGCUGUAUUAGCAGGGGAUGCGCUCACACGAAAUGCUCUUAUUGUUCAACUGCAGGAAUUCGCACCAGCCGGUACCAAAGCAGCGGAUGCGCUAGAAAACUGGCCGAACUCCGAAGAAAACAACGAAACAGGCUUCUCACUCGCAAACAACUCUACGAAAAGUAUGUACGACAUCUUCGCCCUGGAUCCCGGUCGAGGCUCGCGGUUCGGUACGCUAUUCUCUAGACCAGAUGAGCCUUUCCACAUGCUACUUGACAACUAUCCCUGGCACGACGUAGAAACCUUCGUCGAUGUAGGAGGUUCACACGGUAGCAUCGCAGUCGCCCUCGCUGAACGUUUCCCGCACAUCAAGUGCGUAGUGCAAGAUCUUCCCGACACUGUCGUAGAGGGUGCUUCGAGGCUCGCACCGGCGCUCAAAGAUCGAGUCGAGUUCAUGGCGCACGACUUCUUCACCGCGCAGGCUGCGACAGCAGAUGUAUACUAUUUUCGCUCCAUCUUCCACAACUGGAGUGACAAGUAUUGCAUCAAGAUCUUGCAAGCCCUCAUCCCAGCGCUCAAACACGGUGCUCGCAUUAUCAUCCAUGAGCGCAUGCUUCCCCCUCAUGAUGCUCUUGCGUCAGCAGAUGCAAAACCGGUCAUCAAGAUGGAUAUUCUCAUGCUGCAGCUGCUCAAUGCGCAGCAACGAGAAGCGGAGGAAUGGCUGGAGUUGUUCCGUCGUGCAGAUUCGAGGUACAGGUACAUCGGAGCGAAGCAGCCCAAAGGCGGAGUACGAUGGAUUAUUGAAGCGAGGUGGGAUGGAUAGUACCUAUGUUAGGAAUUCACUUUCUUCGAAUUCAGCUGAACAUACUCUUAGUAAGUGAGUUAGUAUGUCUCGAAGGACAAAAUUUGAAGUACCGGAUUAGGCUUUGCGAUCAUAUCAGAGUUUGAAAGGUCGAAUGUUGGAGAGCAUUGGAGAGCUCGUCUCGCGAUAUCGGAUAGUGGGGUUUACG